CAGAGGGCUGAAGUACGUGUGCUCCGGGCCCCAGAGGAAGAGGGAAGCAUUGAGCAACUCUGGAGGUUUCUGUACGGCUCCUUCAUGGCUCAAUCAGCGAGCAGCAUGGACUCUGAUCUGGCCAGCAAACGGCUCCACUCGAGAAUGGAGGCGUCAUGUUUGGAGUUGGCUUUGGAGGGGGAGCGUCUGUGUAAAGCGGGAGAUUUUAAAGGCGGUACAGCGUUCUUUGAAGCUGCGGUGCAGGUGGGAACAGAAGAUCUGAAGACCCUCAGUGCCAUUUACAGUCAGCUGGGAAAUGCUUACUUCUACCUGAAGGAGUAUGGGAAAGCCUUGGAGUACCACCGCCACGAUCUUACACUCGCACGGACAAUAGGCGACCGGAUUGGCGAAGGGAAGGCCAGCGGGAAUCUUGGAAAUACUCUGAAGGUUUUGGGUCGUUAUGAUGAAGCAGCCGUGUGCUGUCAGAGACAUCUGGACAUUUCACAAGAACAAGGAGACAAGGUCGGGGAGGCCAGAGCGCUGUAUAACAUUGGGAAUGUGUUUCAUGCAAACGGCAAACAGCAGAUUUGGGGAUGUUCACAAGAUCGUGGAGAUCUUCAUCCCGAUGUGAGAGACACACUGGAGAGAGCCACGGCCUUCUACGAAAUGAACCUGUCUCUGGUGAAGGAGAUGGGUGACAGAGCUGCACAGGGACGAGCCUUCGGUAACCUUGGCAACACUCAUUACCUACUGGGUAAUUUUGUUGAGGCCAUCAAGUUCCACAGAGAGCGUCUGUCCAUUGCCAAGGAAUUUGGUGACAAAGCAGCCGAGCGGAGAGCGUACAGUAACCUAGGCAACGCUCUCAUUUUCCUGGGCCAGUUCAAUUCAGCCACAGAGUAUUACAGGAAAACUCUGCAGCUGUCUCGGCAGCUGAAGGAUCAGGUGAUGGAAGCUCAAGCAUGUUACAGUCUGGGAAACACACACACGCUGCUGCAGGAGUACGAACGUGCCAUAGACUAUCACCUCAAACACAUGCUCAUCGCACAAGAGCUCAGCGACAGGGUUGGAGAGGGCCGGGCUUGUUGGAGUCUGGGUAAUGCUUACGUAUUGUUAGGAAACCACCGUCAGGCUUUACACUACACCCGAAAACACUUGGAUAUCUCCAGAGAGUUCGGGGACAGGAAUGGAGAGCUGACAGCUAGGAUGAAUGUCAAGGAGUUGAUGGAAGUUCUCGGGGUGAAGGAGGCCGAUCUCUCGCCAUCUAACUCUGAGUUUACAGUGCAGGGUGCCAGACCAAAGUUCGCCAAGAAGAACAGUAUGGACAGUGUUGACCUCUGGAAAUACAAUGCUGAAAAGAACGGGGAUGUUCCUGAUGUUGAUGGUGUAUCGAGGAUGUCGAGGAACAGCAGAAGGAACGCAGACAGUCAUACGUCUGAUGAGAGACAGUGGAUGGACUCAUCUGUAGACACGGAUGACAUCACUGUUCAAGUCACACCUCCAAAGCUGGGUUGUGACCCAUCAGAUGAGGACUGCUUUUUUGACCUGUUGAGUAAGUUUCAGAGCAGCCGUAUGGAUGACCAGCGCUGCCAACUGGAUGAGAUGCCCAACGGAGUGGACGCAGGAGGAGCGGAUGAAUCUGACGUUUAUGACAUGAUCGGCAGCAGUCUCCUAUCAUCACCUCAAACCGAAGAGCUUUUUGACUUGAUCGCCAUUUCACAGAGCCGUCGUCUAGACGAUCAGAGGGUAAGCGUCAGCAACCUGCCCGGACUCAGAAUCACCCACAAUAAUCUGGGUCACCUGUGCGGAGAGGGCGAUCCUCAGGAGCCCAGCGACGACUUCUUCAACAUGCUCAUCAAGUGCCAGUCGUCCAGGAUAGAUGACCAGCGUUGCUCUCCUCCUGAAGGUGGUCCUCGGGCCCCUACGGUCCCUGAUGAGGAUUUCUUCAGUCUCAUACAGAGAGUUCAGGCCAAACGGAUGGACGAACAGCGUGUGCAUCUCCCAUCAGAUGAACAAGAUGAACAAGAGCCGCCUGAGGCUGAGAGAGAGCCAGGGGCCUCAGACUUUGGGUAAAGCCACAGGGGCCCGCAGUAGACCGGGCUCAAAUAUGGACCGCAAGAACCAGAAGAGGAAGGAACUCUUUAAUGAGAUGAAAAGAAAUAUGCACUUCAGAGUGUGUGACGUGUGCUGGUAUUUUAUGAACGCAUGUGAGAUAAAAGUUCACCAAAUUGCAACGCAAGUGCCAUCUCAGAAUACUGUGUAGUGUUACACCUCAUGUGCUUUAUAGCCAUUAUCCAUAAAGUUUGAGUUUAUAUUGACUAGAUUAACAGAUACCAGGCGUGUUCCAUUUGGACAGAACUUUCUGGAGGGAAUUCACAAAGAAUUAAUUGCGUCCGCUGAUAACGUUGUUUAUUUGCACAUGCUGUCUGCGUUGUUUUUUUCACCCUAUUUGUUAAAUAUAACGCAAAACAGGUAACAAACACCUGUUUUAAAAAAAAGCUGAAUGCAACUCGCGCAACAUAAUAUCCCAUCUUGCGAUGGGUGGGUACUGAGUGCUAGAUUGUGAAUGAUAAGAUGAUCUACCACUGUGAUCCAGCACCUGAUCUGACUCGAUAAAAUGCUGAAAACAAUGCUGCACAUCUGGAUCUGACCAGUUGUAAUGCUCUUCUCCAUCAUUUGAUCAUUAUUUGAUAACAUGAUCAAUGGAAAAUAUACACAAACAUAUUUUAUUAAUAAAAAUAAAUUUACCUCUUGCUUUUUUUGUGGCGGUAACAGCACAGCACUGACAAAUAGCAUCAGACAAAUAGCGCUUAUGUUUGUGAAUCUGACACAUUCUAUAAUAAUGUUUAUUUGCGUAGAAAGGAGCCGUGUGAGAAGAAUGAAAAGAAUGACAAUUAAUUCACUUGAAUGUGUGUGGCGCAGCAGUUUUUCAGCGCAUUUAACGCGUCGGACACAUUUAAGUUGGACUGCGGGAGGUUUGUAAUUGAGAUGCAGGUUUACCAUGUGCUAAAGUGCUGCAAAUGUUUAUUGAAUUCACACCUUCUCAUUUGUCAUAGUUUCGUGCAUACUGCCUUAAAUGGAUUCAGACGGAGCCCCUUAGAGCACAAGGACAUGGUUACUGCAGUUUUAGUAUUGUAACUUUAUUAUGGCUACUGUAGUAAAAUCACGUUUUCAUAAGGGGUAGAUAAAGUUAUUUCAGAAAUAAACUUCUCCAACUGUCCUCAAAGGGGCUCCGCUAAUUCGUAUUCCUUGAUAUUCUGUCAUUUAUGAGCAUGUCGAGGAGUAAUGUUCUGGUUUAGUGUGUGUGUGUGUGUGUGUUUCUUGACAGUAUUAGUGUUGCAUCACUGCCAGUGUUAAAGAGCUGCUAACUUUGACCUUCCUAAUCGCAAGUGCAUUUGGGUUCUGCUUUAUAUCAUGUUUUCAUUUACCACCAAAAUGAAGACAUUAGGGCUCGUUGUCCUCUUUUCAUUCUACCCAGUUUCUGUCGUAUUUGAAGAUAUAAUUGUUGUUAACUCCACAUAUGUAUUUAUUAAGUGUUGAUGAAAAUGGAUAUCUUUAAAAAAGACUGUGAAAAUAAUUUGAAGUAUUGAUAAUUGUGGGAACAUAAAAGUAUGUGAACGUUCAUGGUACAAACUAAUUUACUUCAUGUAUGUUUGACUGAUUUGUGUGGAACCAAGAAAAAUUGAAAGUGAUUUGCCCCACAGUGGGGGUUUUGGCUGCUUCAGUUUUCUUCAGAGUUGAUUUUUGCAUGACGCUACGUUGUUUUAGUCGUUUGUGGCCGAGCUGAUCUUCAAUCAGAAUAAUGUCUUUCUCGCAUUAGAAAAAUGUGUUUAAAAAAAUCUAAUGUAGUUUGCCAUCCAGUUCAUGAUUUAUCAAUUCACUGCCACCUUGUGGUUGAAAGUUAGCAAGGCCUUUUUUUUGUUAUGGGUUAUGGGUUAUGAUCCUUAAUUAAAUAAUAGUUUAUUUCACAAUAGUUCAUCUGUUUUCAUUGAUGCAUGAUGCUUGUAACUAAUCCUCAUUUCUAUUAAUCAUCUUACUUUAAUUGUGGAGCUCACUGACUCCAAUUUAACAGAUGGUUUUAUAAUAUAUAAAAUAAUAAUUUAUAUAAUUUAGGAAGUAUGUAAUUCAUUCAUCCCCGCAACCCUGUACACAGGAUAAGCGGUUGACGAUGGAUGGAUGGAUGGAUGGUAAUUCAUUCAUGAUGACAUGAAGUAAAAUAUAAAACAGAUUGAAUCAGUCACUUGUAUUUAACUACAAUUUAAAUGCAAUUAAAGUACAAAUCAUUAGUCCAUCUGAAUUAUUUCGCUUCCCCAGAUUAUGUUUGAUUUCUGCCUUACAUUUGCUAAAAUAUGUUGUGAGAAAUGAUCUAAUAACCUUUGAAAUUUCACUGCCCAAAUGUACAAAAUUGUUUUAUAUUUAUUUUCUGUUCACGAAUGGAAAUAAAUCCCUUUGCUUUUAAUAAAAUGUCAAUG